UAUUGCGUCAGCUCUAAUAUAUGAACCGUAACACUCCGGUUGAAGUCCCGAAGAAGCUUUUCCUGAAAGCUGUAAAGGAGGCAUUACGAACCCAGCAGCUAAACACCCACAUCCGGAAAGACUUUACGCAUCCAAGACGCUGGGACGCAAAACUGCUGGAGCUGUGACAUAAAGCGACUCAGGAGAAAGAGAGAGACAGUACCAGACCUCCAACCUCCAAGUCAAGCUCUUAAAGAGAGAAAGCCACUCUAUCUUCAACAAAACAUUGAAAGUUGACGUUCUUUUGACCGAUCAAGACCCUCAAAAUGACUGACUUUUAAGCGAAGGCACCGGGAGACCUCGAGGAAGUUCGUCACCGCUUUCAACUUUGACAAAAAGAAGCGCACAGAGACAAAGAAUCUGAAUAUUUCCCUGACCUCGCAGCCAUGGACUCGGGAAAGAAAAUAACGUUCCCGCUGAUGAUGAGCGUCGGAACAGCCGUGAUUGGUUCGCUGCAGUUCGGCUACAACACCGGUGUCAUCAACGCCCCUCAGAAUGUUAUUGAGAAAUUCAUCAAUGAGACGUGGUUUGAUCGCUACCAGGAGCAGAUCACCAAAAGCUCCCUCACUGCCAUCUGGUCGAUCGCUGUCUCCAUUUUCUCUGUCGGCGGCAUCUUUGGCUCCUUCUCUGUUGGACUCUUUGUCAACCGCUUUGGAAGGAGGAACUCCAUGCUCAUGGCCAACGUCCUGGCCUUCAUCGCUUCUGCUCUGAUGGGCUUUGCAAAGAUGGCGAGCUCCUGGGAAAUGCUGAUCGCUGGUCGUUUUGUGGUUGGCCUAUUCUCCGGCCUCUCCACAGGCUUUGUGCCCAUGUAUGUGGGUGAGGUUUCACCGACAUCCCUCAGAGGAGCUCUGGGCACUCUCCACCAGCUGGGCAUCGUGGUCGGCAUCCUCAUCGCACAGGUGUUUGGAAUGGAGGCAAUCAUGGGCAACGAUGAUCUGUGGGGACUUCUCCUGGGAUUCAUCUUCAUCCCUACAGUGGCGCAGUGCAUCCUGUUACCUCUCUGCCCGGAGAGCCCGCGCUACCUGCUCAUCAACAAGAACGAAGAGAACAAGGCCAAGAAUGUGCUGAAGAAGCUCAGAGGCACCACAGAUGUGAGCGCCGACAUGCAGGAGAUGAAGGAGGAGAGCCGGCAGAUGAUGAGGGAGAAGAAGGUGACCAUCCCGGAGCUUUUCCGCUCGCCUCUCUACCGCCAGCCGCUCUUGGUUGCCGUCAUCCUUCAGCUGUCUCAGCAGCUGUCUGGCAUCAACGCUAUCUUCUACUACUCCACACGUAUCUUUGAGAAAGCUGGAGUCGCGCAGCCUGUUUAUGCAACUAUUGGAGCCGGUGUAGUAAACACAGCUUUCACUGUGGUGUCGCUGUUUGUUGUAGAGCGAGCUGGUCGUAGGUCUCUGCACCUGCUGGGGCUGCUGGGAAUGGCUGGAUCUGCCAUCUUAAUGACUAUCGCCUUGGCUCUAUUGGACCAGCUGAAAUGGAUGUCAUAUUUGAGCAUCGUGGCCAUCUUCUCCUUUGUCGCCUUCUUCGAGAUCGGGCCGGGUCCCAUCCCCUGGUUCAUCGUGGCUGAGCUGUUCUCACAGGGACCCAGACCUUCGGCCAUCGCUGUCGCUGGUUUCUCUAACUGGACUGCCAACUUUAUAGUGGGAAUGGGAUUCCCGUACAUUGAGGAGCUCUGCGGCGCCUACGUGUUCAUCAUCUUCACAGUGCUGCUGCUCACUUUCUUCAUCUUCACCUACUUCAAAGUGCCGGAGACGAAGGGCCGGACGUUUGACGACAUCGCUGCGGGCUUCCGUCAGUCGGCUGGCGGAGGAGAGAAGCACUCGCCGGAGGAGCUGAACAGCCUGGGGGCCGAUUCCCAGCUCUGAGAGACUCUUUUUUUUUUUUUUCUACACUUCUAACAAACUCUUUCUCAGACAGAGGAAGGAUUGAGAAGGGUCUACUAACUCAGAAGUAGACAGAUUCAUUGGUAGAAUAAUUUUCACACUUGUCUCCACAUUUCGGGCGUCGUUACCAAAACACAGAGCGGCCCUGUGUGAUUCUCCAACAUGAUGUCUUCUGCUGCCCCUAACAAACACACACACACACCUACAUAAACACACACACCUACACACACACACUCCAUGGGCACUAUGUUGCCUGGCGGAUGUGGGCGGGGGAGUUGAUGAGGAUAGAUGUGGAGAGUUUUUAAUAUUUUAAAGGUUUUUUUAAAGAAGGAAAAGGAGUGUCUGCAUCAAUCAAACAACCUUCUUUCACUCAUUCAUCCCUGACAUGCGCUCCUGCUCUGUUCUCUAUCACCUGUUACAGGACAGUCCGCUUUUAUUACCUGCUUUUUUAGCUUUUAGAGAUCUCUUCACUGUGCUCUAUAUGUUAUCAAUCAUACUGUAAAAGCUGUUACACUGUAGACUCUAGCACUGAAGAUGCUGCACAGACGGUCACCAGCAGGUGGUGCACUGCCCUUAAGAAAGUCCUGAUGCUUCCUUAUUUAUAGCUUUUAAAGUACACAAACUGUGAUAUGUUGUUUUAAUGCUGUAAGGAUUUUAAAUUUCUUAUUGAACAUUUUAACACAGAAAGUAACACUCCACAUAUUUGGCAUUAUUGUUACAUAUUUACUCUUGCUGGACAACAUUUUACUCUUUAUUGUUUGGUAUGAGACUCUUCUCAUUGAAAAUGUCAUGACUAAAACACAAAACUGCGUUCGCUGCGUCCAGAUAACAUGCAAAUUAAUGAAUAAUUAACCAUUUAUAUAUUUUAUCAUCAUUCCUUUGUAGCAGUACAUUUGUUGAAAUAAAUAUUGGAUUUUUUGAACAAGAGGAGCAGUAACUGCAGGGAUAAUUCAAACAUCUUUUACCAUGACAUAAGAGAAAUACUCCUUUACAAUCAACAGCCCCGAAACCAAAAAAAUCGAUCUCACAAAACUAGGAUGUUUGUGAUUACAAGUGCCUGUUAAACAACAAUCCAGCCUCCUUUGCCUUCAGCGUUUCAGCCUUAUCAUUUUUGUGAGGAGUUUGAGGUCAGAUCGGCCUGAUCCAGACUGAAAUCAUUUCUCAGUGGAAGAAUCUCCACUUACAGUAUUUAUUUUUUGAGUUGAGACCAUAAGUGGAGCUUUCAAAGUCUGCUCAGAGCUGUCUGGGUCUUUUCACACAAUGGGACGCUGCGGUGCUGCACGCUGUUCCUCUGUGACAACUUCACAGCAUCUUCAGAAAAUUAAAAGACAGACAGAAAAAAAGUCAAUAAUGGGGACCAAACUGCCUGAAUGUGCUUUUUAUCCAGGUCAAAUCCAGCGUGUUCCUUCAGCUCCGUUACGUGUUCAGAGAGCUGGACGGGGACUGUUUUGUACCCUGUGCAUUGAAAUCUGCAGUAUUGUUAGCUCCCUCCUACCUUCCUUCUUUUAGCUGUGUACUGUAGCUUUGUAGCUUGACCCACUUCGUUUCGCUGUACAGGUCUUUGACUGCUGUAUCACUUUGUUGAACCUUUCUGCUCUUUAAUUACGUUGUUUAAGGAAAAUUAUCUUUUUAGCAGCACUUUAUUAUUCGUAGUUCUUUGUUACUGUUUUUUUUUUGUACUCAGUGUGGAAAUGUUACUGAGGAGAGACUGAAGUACUGCUGAUGGAUUACUUGAUGUUUUUGAAAUGGAAAUGUGUGCAUAUGUGUCAUUUGUUCUUAUCUAUUACAGCCUUUGUAUGGAGCACAUUUCGCUUGACCGGUUGAGAGUAAAUGUGGUGAUGUUCCUGGUCAAACAAGGACCUCAAAUGAAAUCUGCCACAGCAGUCAAAAUCCUUUCUACCAUUCCAUAUCUGGUUGUUUUUUUGUAUAUAGUCGAUCUUUUCUCAUUUGAGGUGUCACGUGACUCAUCCUGGAAAGCACUGUAACGUCCACUCUGUGCCUUUUUAUGGCCUUCACAUAUCUACACCAGCAAAAUCAUGUAAUGGCACAAAAAAAAAACACUUCCACGCACACACUGAUGUCUAUUGCAAAACUGUAUUUUUUAAAUGUACAUAUCCACCGGUCUGCUGGGGCAUUCAGUUCUAAUGUUGUCUGUAGCCUUUGAAAUCUUUGUAAGGCACAGGUUUGUGGUUUAAACACACAACAUGAUGUAAAUAUAUAAAACUCACUGUGGCCUCACUCACUCUAAAUUUAUAAAAUAUUUAAAAACUUUUUUAAUAGGUGAGUUCAUGAUUAGGGUGCGUUCAGCUUCCACACUUCUGUUUCCUUAUGAUUUUAUAUCUAAAGACAUGUUGUGGCCUAAUAUUACUAUCCUCAUUUUAAUUCUUUUCAUGUAAGGAUUGUGUUAAUGAGAAACACUCAGUAGUGUUUUCAUGUUAGUGCACAGAGUGUAUUUUAAUAUUUGUAAUAAUAAAAAGAUCUGUGUGUGCGGUGUUGGAAUGUGAACCCCUGUCGGAGAGAAAAGAAAUGUGAUGGCUGUUGUCCUGAAUGGUUCCACAAACUUGUGUAAGAGGUUGAAUUGCUGAAUAAAAGAAAUCCUGCAUACAGAGAAAGAUGU